AUGAGUAGUUUCAAUUAUCCUGAUUUCUUACAAUCAUCUACUAGUAAUAUACCAAAUAAUCAAGGUAAUAAUAAUAAUCAAAAUCAAAAUCAAAAUCUUAACUCAAAUCAAAAUCAUAAUCAUAAUUUUAAUACUUUAUUAUUCAAUAAAUUAUCUUCAUUAGAAGAAUCUUCUAAUGAUUCUCAAGAUUUAUCCGAUAAUUUAUCUAAUAAAUCUCCUACUUCAGGUCCAUUAAAUAAUGCUAAUGAAUUCUUAUUUACAAAUUUAGAUUCAUUUAAUUUACCUUUGGAAUUACAAGGUGGAAUUGGAACUAUUAGUUCAAGAAGACCUUCUUAUGCUGCAGAAUCAUUCACGAGAAGUUCAGCUCAACAAUCUUCAUCAUUUCCAUUAUUUAAUCAACCAAUUCCUCAAUCUCAAGUUGUUCCUCCUCAACAACAACAUCAACAACAACAACCACAAUCUCAAUUCUUUAAAUCUCCUCCUCAAUUACCUGUUUCAAGUCCUUCAGCAACGUUUUUCAAUAAUUCAAAAUCAUCAUCAACCACAUCUUAUUCAAACAAUUCAUCAUCAUUUCAAAAUCAAUCAAAUCAAUUCCCUAAUCUUAAUCAUCAAUUAGAUCAAUUAAAUGAUAAUUUCUCUACUAAUUUCAAUCUAAAUGCAAAUUAUAAUGAUUUUCAACAAAGAAGACCAAGUCAAUUAGUUGAAUUCCAAUCAAAUUAUAAUUAUUUCCCUCCUCCUCCAAAUUUACAAAAACAACAACCUCAACAGCAACAACAGCAACAACAACAAGGUAACUCCUUUUUAUUUAAUAAUCCUCCUCCCCCUUUAUCCAUGGGUAAUAAUCCAUCCUUUUUACUUCAUCAACAACAGCAACAGCAACAGCAGCAACAAUCAAAGGGUCCUUCCACCAACUCCAAACCAACUACCAAUAACAAUAACAAUAAUUCCAAUCAAUCAGUUAAAUUAGAACACGGUUUAAUUCUUAAAGAUCAAUAUAUCAUUGCUUCAUCUGAUUUAAAAAAUCUUUAUCUUAAAACGAUUAAUUAUUUUCAAAAUCCAACUUUAACUAAUGAAAUUUUAUUGGAAAUUAAUAAAUUAUUAAAUAAUGCCAUUAUAAUUAAAUUAAUUACAUUUAUUAAAAAUUUAAAUAAUUUAACUUUCAAUCAUAAAAUUUUAUGUUUAGUUAUAAAUAAAAAUGGAAAAUUUGAUUUAUUAUCCUAUCCUAAUAAUUCCAAUAUUUUCUUACAAAAGAAUGAUUUAGUUAUAGUUGAUGGUGAUAGAGGGAAAGAUUUAGUGAUGAUUAUUGAACCAUUAGUUAAUUUGAAUUUUGCUAUUUUAUUUAAUUUCCUUAAAAAAUUAGAACAUUUAAAAAGUUUAACUAUUUUAGAUGGUAAUAAUAAUAAUAAUAAUAAUGGGAAUAAUCCAAGUUCAAAGAUUAAUGGAACUCAUUCAACUUUAUUAAAUGCUUCUCAAAUUAUAAAUAGUCAUCUGAAUGAAGAUAAUGAAUUUAUAAUCACAUUACCUACUAAACAAGUAUUAAGAUUUGCUACACCCAAGGAAAUUCAUAAAAUUAGUGGCAAAUUCUUAGAAGAAAAGAAAGCAUUCAUAACUUGUUUUAAUAAAAUUAAAGAAUUAAAUUUACAAUCGAAUUUAUCCUUGAUUAAUGUUGAAUAUCAAUCUGAUUUUAAAAAAUUAAUCUUUUAUUAUUAUGCUAAUUUUAAAAGAAUUGAUUUUAGAGGAUUAAUUAAAGAAUUAUUUAAAAUUUAUAAAACUAGAAUUUGGUUAUGUGCUGUUUUACCUUAUAAUAAACCAGAAUUAUAUGUUACAAAUUAUAAAGAAGAGAAGAAAGAGAAUGAUGAUUCUAAGGAUGAUGACGAUAAAAAUUAUAGACCUAAUGAUGAUGAUGACAACAACAAUGAUGAUGAUGAUGAUCUUAUUCCUCAUGAAUAUGAAUUAACUAAUGAUCAAAUUUUAAAUUUCUCCAUUAAUGAAUUUGAUAAUUUAUCAUUACCAAAUUAUUUCCAUCUGAAAAAUUUACUUAAUUUAAUUAAACAUUUAAAUAAUGAAAUUGAAGGUAAUUUUUAUGGAUUUAAUACUAAUACAGUUUCAAUUAAUAAUUCAACAAAUAUAAAUCCAACAACAACAGCCCCAGCCCCAGCCCCAGCUCCAAUUACGACGACUUCAACAACAUCAACUAAUAAUAAUACGACAACUACAUCAACAACGACUAAUACUUCAAUUAAUCCAAAAUUUGAUCCAUUUGGUGAUUCUCAAUAG